UCAGCCUAUAAACAUGCGAAGAAGACUGUCACAUCGACAAAAAUGGCCUUUGCACCUGGGACUGUUUUUGGUGUACAUAAUUAUUCAAUUAGCGACGUCGUCAUACUCUGCGUCGACAUCUCCUCCAGAACUGGGAGUCCCGACGACAGUUACACAACCAGCGACACAGAAGCCGACUUCAGCACCUGCAGAACAAAAGAAAGAAGUAACCGAAGCUCCCAAGGCGGUUGAGCAAGCGAAAGAGAAGCCCAAGGUGGAAACAACACCCUCGCCUAAGACAAAAGACUCUUCUAAGGACAAGGCGAGCGAACCCGCUGUCAAGAAGGAGGCUAACGCUACCGCCAAUUCGACUCAAGUUCUAACAACAGCCGCGCCGAGGUCAGCAAAUCCUACAUGGAGGCCAAAACGCGCAAACUGCAGCCCGCCUGCAAUCGAGCAGUUUCCCAGGCCGGUGAUGGGUCCUGGAGCAAGAAAGCACGGCGGUCUUAUCAUCCACAUCCUCGUCGCAGUUUACACUUUCCUGGGUCUAGCAAUAGUCUGCGACGAUUACUUCGUCGCUAGUUUGGACCGGAUUUGCGAAGAAUUGAGAUUAACUCCAGAUGUUGCCGGAGCGACGUUCAUGGCAGCUGGUUCAUCUGCGCCGGAAUUGGCGACUGUUAUAAUAGGUGUCUUCUUCGCCAAAGAUGACAUCGGCGUCAGCGGAGUAAUUGGAAGCGCAGUGUUUAAUAUCAUGUUUGUAAUAUCCGUCUGCGGAUUGUGUACCACGACAGUGUCGAAACUCAACUGGUGGCCGCUCUGCCGUGACAGCUUCUUUUACUUCAUCUCUAUUCUCAUCAUGCUUGGCACCAUUUCCAAUGAAAUAAUAUCUUGGCCGGAGUCGCUUAUCAUGCUGAUCAUGUACGGGGUUUAUUGUGUCGUUUUGUCCUACAACAGUCGGCUAGAGCGCUGGGCCAAGUCUUACAACAUACCGUUUUUACCAAAAGACGAUGAGCCGGCUGAAGAAAGUGCUUUGGUCAAUCCAAACGAAGUGUCACCUCUGGAAAAGCCGACAGAAGGUGGACAGUGGGCUCUAUUCAAGUGGGGCCUCGUCUAUCCCAUUCAUUAUACAUGUCGGGCAACAAUGCCAGACUGCCGACAGGAGAAAUGGCGUAGCUGGUACCCAUUUACCUUCUGUAUCUCCAUGAUAUGGAUUAGCUUCUACAGAAGUACCUUAGGGAUUCCAGACACAGUUAUGGGCUUGACAUUCGUAGCAGCCGGAGUGAGUGUUCCUGACGCGCUGUCUUCUCUGGCCGUCAUCAAAGAGGGUCUGGGUGACAUGGCUGUGAGUAAUGCGGUCGGUAGCAAUGUCUUUGAUAUUCUGGUGUGUCUUGGACUUCCUUGGUUCAUCCAAACUGCCAUGAUCCAACCUGGUUCUCAUGUUAAUGUUACUAUAGUAGCGACUCACUUGAACGGCUGGAAACUAGAUCGAAGAUACGGAGUAAUACUGAUGGUUUGGUACCUAAUUUUCAUAGUCUUCGCUUCAUUAUACGAGCUCAAUGUCUUCGGUCAAAUGAAUCCACCUGUUUGUCCCAGCGUGUUUUAA